AAUCAUUCAUAAAACAUCGAAAUCCCAUUUUUGCUUUUUGAAGUGGCCAAUCCAUAGCCUUUGGAAAACACUUGUCUAAUAAUGGUCAAUCCAAUACAUACUUUUGCACCACAGUUUUCCCCUUACGCUACGCUGUUUGACUUAAUUCACAUUUUCUGGUUUCACUGACAGUGAGUGCCGACCAAUCUCCCCUUCCAUUUCUCUCGCCCUCUCACCAAUUUCCUCUUCCAGAAGGUGUUUUUACCCCGCCAAGUAUAAAUUACUAAAAGCAUCGCUGACACCAAAUCCGGCAUGGAUAAACCAUGAAUUUUCCAAAUGGGUUUCUGUAUCCACUGCUUCUGUUCAUCCAACUCCCGUUUUGCUCUUCAAUCAGCGCCAUCACUUCCGCACAUCCCGUGGCGGACGGUGGCGUUUUAGUCUCCCAAGGAGAAACGUUUGCUCUUGGGUUCUUCAGCCCCCGCAAUUCUCGCCGCCGGUACGUCGGAGUGUGGUACAACAAGGUCUCCGAACAAACCGUGGUGUGGGUCGCAAACAGAGACGAUCCUCUCAACGACACCUCCGGCGUCCUCUCCAUCAACGGCGCCGGAAACCUCAUCAUCCAGGGCAACGCCAGCAGCACCCCAGUUUGGUCUACGAAUAUCUCGGCGCCGUUAACUAAUAACUCUGAUUCUGUGGUAGCCCAUCUCUUAGACACGGGAAAUUUGGUUCUGAUUCGACAGUCGACGCAAGAAAUUGUAUGGCAGGGCUUCGAUUAUCCCACGCAAACCAUGAUGCCGUUCAUGAAAUUGGGGCUGGACCGGAAAACCGGUCUGAACCGGUUCUUGACGUCCUGGAGGUCCCCAGAUGACCCGGGAUUUGGGUCUUGUACCUACAGAAUAGAUCCCACGGGGACUCCCCAGUUGUUCCUGUACAAGGGUUCUGCCCGGGGGUGGCGGGCUGGGCCGUGGAACGGGGUCAGAUGGAGCGGCGUACCGGAGAUGACCAACAAAUACAUCUUCAACCUUACUUAUGUUGAGGAUCGUGAUGAAAUAUAUGUGAUGUACGGCAUCUUGAACGCCUCCAUCUUCUCAAGAAUGGUGUUGGAUGAAUCUGGGUCCGUCCAACGGUUCACGUGGCAUGAGACCGACAGGAGAUGGGUCGAGUUCUGGUCUGCCCCCAAGGAUCGGUGUGAUGACUAUGGACGGUGCGGUGCGUACAGUUAUUGUGACCCGAAUGGAAAUUCAGAUGAGUUUGAGUGCAAGUGCCUUCCCGGGUUCGAGCCCAAGUCGCCGCAGGACUGGUACUUGAGGGAUGGUUCGAAGGGUUGCACGAGGAAGCGUGCUGACUCAGUGUGUGGGAGCGGAGAGGGGUUCGUAAAGUUUGAACGGGUGAAGGUGCCUGACACUUCUGUGGCACGUGUGAACAUGAGUAUGAGCGGAGAAGCAUGUGAGGAGGAGUGCCUGAGGAAUUGUACGUGCAUGGCAUACACAAGUGCAGAUGUCAGGAGGGGAGGAAGGGGGUGCCUUACAUGGCAUGGCGAUUUGGUUGACACCAAGUUGUAUGCAAGUGAGGGUCAAGAUUUGUACAUUCGAGUCGACUCAAUUGAAUUGGCAAAGACAAGAAAGAGCUCCAAUGGCAUUAAGGGUACUAAGAGGACAAUAGUUAUCGUGGCUGGGCCUAUUGUUUUGGUAGGACUUCUCUUGGUUAUCUUUUACUUGUGCAAGAGGCAUUCAAAGAUUAGAGGCCAUUGGGGAAAACAAAGUCGUAGUAAAAUGUUAUUGUUCAAUUUGGCCACAACACACAAGGACUAUCCAGAAGAAGAUGGACAUGAUGUGGGAGAAAGGAAUGUCGAUUUGCCAUUUUUUAAUUUAAGGGAUAUAAAAUGUGCAACAAACAAUUUCUCGGACAAACUUGGGGAAGGUGGUUUUGGUGAAGUUUACAAGGGUCACCUAUCCAAUGGACAAGAAAUAGCUGUGAAAAGGCUCUUAAAAUGCUCUAGCCAAGGGGUUGAAGAAUUCAAAAACGAAGUCUUGUUGAUUGCUAGACUUCAACAUAGAAAUUUGGUAAAAGUUUUAGGCUGUUGCAUUGAUGGGGACGAGACAAUGCUAAUCUAUGAAUAUAUGCCUAAUAAAAGCUUGAACUCAUUCAUUUUCGGUAUGACUCCUUUUACAUUUGUUGUUCUCUCUUUUAAAGAAACUCUAAUUGAUAUGCAAUUGUUCAAUUUCAUGACAGAUGAUAUUAGGAAGGCACUAUUGGAUUGGAAAAAGCGCUAUGAAAUUAUCAUUGGGAUUGCUCGAGGGAUUCUUUACCUUCAUCAAGACUCAAGGUUAAAAAUUAUUCACAGGGAUUUGAAAGCUAGUAAUAUACUUCUUGAUGGAGAUAUGAACCCCAAAAUUUCAGACUUUGGCUUAGCAAGAAUAUUUGGACGAAACCAAACUCAAGCAAAUACAAAUAGGGUAGUCGGGACAUUUGGUUAUAUGUCGCCAGAAUAUGCACUAGAUGGUCUCUUCUCAAUGAAAUCAGAUGUCUUCAGCUUUGGAGUUUUACUAUUGGAGAUCAUUAGUGGCAAGAAGAAUCUUACUUCUUACAAUGAUGAUCCUCUCUCAAAUUUAAUAAAACAUACGUGGGAUUUGUGGAGUGAAGACAGAGCUUUAGAGAUAGUUGAUUUUUCAAUCGGAAAUUCUUGGCAAGAGCUUGAAGUUUUGAGGUGUGUCCAAGUUGGGCUCUUAUGUGUUCAAGGUGAUCCUGUGGAUAGGCCAACGAUGUCAACAAUUGUUGUCAUGUUAAGCAAUGAAGUAACUCUUCCUUCUCCAAAACAACCAGCAUUUGUUGUCAAACAAACCAAUAAGGACCCAAACUCAAAUCUAAUGGGAUCUACUUCGAGUACAUGUUUCAAAAAUGAGAUGACAAUUACAAUGAUUGCUCCUCGAUAGAAUAUUCAUGUCUAUCUUAAAGUUACUUAUGUUAGUGAAAUUAUGAUCAUGGUUAGUUUGUACCCCCAAAUUAUAUGUACU